AGCAUUCACAUGUGUGAACUGUUACUGUAUAUGACCAAAUGGUAUAUCUAAUAUCACCCAUCCAUUGCUGUCCCCACACAGCACAAUUUUUCUUCUUCGUACAUUAAGCAAAUCGAUUCCAAGCCCAUCAAUCACUUAUGUGGAACUUUUAAGCUAGAGUUUUUAGCAAAGCGCAAAACAUAAAAUAAAAUGGAAGCAGUCAAGGUCUCAAUUGAUCAAGAUGAGAGAAGAGACACAUGCAGAGUUGCUUACAUAAUCCAUUUCUUGCUUGGUGCUGGCAACUUGCUUCCUUGGAAUGCUUUAAUCACUGCAGUGGAUUAUUUUGCGUACCUCUAUCCAACCAAACACAUAGAGAAGGUUUUCUCAGUGGCUUACAUGAUUUCAUCAGUUCUAGUACUUCUCAUGAUGAUGAGCUGGGGAGGUUGGAGCAGAACAACGUUGAGGUUGCGAAUGAACGUCGGGUAUUCAAUGUUUGUUAUGUCUCUCAUGAUACCUCCUGUCAUUGACUGGGCCUCCAGCAGCACCAAGUUAGAAGACAGACCAAGCGGCGCCUAUGGUUUGACCGUUGCAGCAGUGGUGAUUUGUGGUUUAGCAGAUGGCUUGGUGGGUGGAAGCUUGAUAGGAUCGGCCGGCAAGCUCCCAAAACAGUAUAUGCAAGCUGUUUUCGCCGGAACUGCAUCAUCAGGUAUUAUAAUUUCAGUGUUGAGGAUAAUAACAAAAGCAUCACUUCCACAAACACCAAAGGGACUACAAAUAAGUGCUCACUUGUACUUUAUGGUUGCUACUGUUUUCCUACUAUGCUGCAUAAUCUUCAGCAAUUUGCAGUACAAGUUACCAGUCAUGCAGGAGUAUUAUCAGAGCCUUCAACACGACAACACCUUAUGCUCUGGGACAAGAUUUUGGGCAGUUGCGGGGAAAAUCAAGGGGCCAGCUUUUGCAAUUCUCAUAAUCUACGUAGUGACUCUGUCUAUCUUCCCAGGAUUCAUUGCAGAGGAUCUGGAAUCCAAGCUUCUAAUGGAUUGGUAUCCUAUUUUACUGAUAACAGUUUAUAAUCUUGCUGAUCUUAUUGGGAAGUCAUUAACUGCCUUCUAUGUCAUACAAUCUAUCACAAGGGCAAUAUGGACCUCCAUAAUAAGGCUACUAUUCUAUCCACUCUUUAUCCUUUGUCUUCAUGGACCAAAGUGGCUGAAAUCAGAAGUGCCAAUGAUAGCUCUUACCUUUCUGCUUGGUGUUACUAAUGGUUACCUCACCAGUGUCCUUAUGAUUCAAACACCCAAGUCAGUGCCCUUCUCAGAAUCAGAGUUAUCUGCUAUUGUGAUGAUAGUGUUCCUUGGAUUUGGUUUGGUUGGUGGUUCAGUCCUAGGCUGGUUCUGGAUCUUAUAAAGGUCUUUGUUCCAUUGUGUAAUAAAAUGAUCCUAAAGGUGUGUUUGUGAGUUGUGUCUUGGAAGGAAAGGGAGGGAAGGGAGCUCUAUGAGUAAAUGGACUCUACUUUUCUCAUCAAGCCGUUCACAUUCCUCCCUUCUAUUCCAAGAUCUAAACUUGCAAAUACACCUUAGGGCAAUGCACACUGGGCAAUAAAGGAAUAGCUCUGCAGCAUCAAGCAUCAAACUUCACCAUUCCAGAAUAUGAGAAACCGUAGAGACCAUUAGGAGAUAUCUAGGCAAGUAAUAUGUAAUAUAUGGUAUCCGCAGACAGUAAAUGACAUUAAAAAUCUGUGUUUGGCUAUUUACUAGAGCAAAAUGCAUCUUAGUCUCCGAAAUUAUUGGUCGUUAAAA